AUGGAAACUACAGGUAGCACGAUUCAUCAUGGUCUAUCCGCUUCAUCAUCUUCACUUCGUUGUACAUUUCUUGGUUCAUUAUCAUCCCCUCGUGGUCGUGAUCUUCUCUCUCAAUUAUGUUUACAAAUCGCUCAAAAAUCAAAAUUACAACAUCAUUUUGUUGAACGAAAAGAUCUGGAUAAAAUGAGACGAAAAUUGUUUGCUAAAUCAAUAAAAAAUUCAAGAAAUUUACAACAACCAUUAGAACAAACAAUGCCCCUUGAAAUGAAAGUUUUCUUUGUACGUGAUCAACUUCAACGAAUAUCAGCUGAACAGAGAGUUGAUGAUGAUCUAUCCUAUGACUUAAUUACUAUAUCAGGUCCACAACUUAUUGAUUUCUUACUUGGUACAUGCUCAGGUUUAUUUCGUACAACUGCUCGAUCACAUGUUGGUCCUGAGAUUCUCGGUAAUGUACUUAAACGUCGUCGUCCUGGUCAUAAUCCAUUAAUAUCAACGAAAAUAUCAUCUAUACAAUAUUAUCCAAAAGUUAAUUAUUAUAAAGCUUGGCGUAUAAUGCAUCGUCGUCGACUAGGUAAAACUCAUCAACGUACUAAAUAUCAACAACCACGUGCUGGUAUUAUGUUAACAAAACAUCAAAGUCCCAUUGUUUGCUUACGUAUGUAUCGUGGUUUACUUUAUUCAUGUUCAUUAAAUGGUCAAGUACGAUUUUAUCAAACUCAAACACUUACAGAACAUCCUCGACAUCAACCAAUAUUUACACCAAAUGGUGGUACACAAACAUUACAAGUAGCACAUUGUAAACGAUUUGGUGGUACAAUAUUAUGUGUAGCUGGUUUUGAUCAAACAGUCAGAUUAUAUCGUGAUCAUCCAUCACAUGAAUCCAAAGGCGAAAUAAUGCUUGCUGCUCCUGUUCAUUGUACAGCUGUUAAAUUUCAUAUUUUAAUGGUUGGAUUAGGUUCAGGUGAAGUUGCAUUUAUUUCAUUAAAAAAGAUGUGUGUUAUACAUACAAUUAAAUGUUCACCCUAUGUUGUAUCAGCAGUCGCAGCUACACGUGAUCCAGAUGGUCGUCACUUAUUAAUUGCAUCAUCUUUCGAUGGAUCUAUAGUUGUUAUUUCUUUACUUAAUGAACAACGACGAUUAACAUUAACAGGCCAUACAAAAUCUCCACGUCAAUUAAUUAUUGAUUCAGUUCAUCAUUUUCUAUAUAGUUGCUCAGCAGAUAAAAAAAUCAUUGUACAUAAUUUUCUAAACGGUACAAUUAUAUAUGAAUAUAAAGAAUUUGAAAAAGCUGUAACAAAUAUUGCAAUGAAUCAACAACAAAAUUUAUUAAUUGCUUCAUCACUUGAUGGUCUUAUCAAAAUAUUUAAUAUUCAAACACAUGAAUUAAUUCAACAAUUAACAACAUCAACAAGUCAAUCAAUUAUUUCAAUGAUUUAUAAAAAUAAUCUUGUUUAUUGCGGAAUGGAAAGUGGAACAAUUGAAAUUUUACAAUGUGACAUUAAUCAAGUAUAUAGAUGUGAAUAUGCAUCAUGUCGACAACCAUUUUCUCGUCGUGAAGAUGUUUUUAUUCAUGCACGACUUUUUCAUGUACAACAUUCUUCAACAAUUCAACGAUGUCUAUGGAAACAUUGUAUGAAAUGGGUACCAUUGAAAAAGUUUGGUGAUCAUUUACGAGUUCAUACAGAAAAUCUUGUACUAGAAACAAAACAAGAAGUAACAGCAACAUCACCAAUACCAAAUACAUAUGGAUUUUCAUCGGAUUCAUCUAUAACAACUUAUAGUACAAAAACACUUCUUAUAUAA